UUGGCGCCUCGUUUUUUGUCCACUCUAUGUCACUUUGUGUUCCACUGUGCGUUGCGCGGCCCCACUGAAGAGUGGUAAGAAGAAGAGCGGCAAACAGCUGUGGCCGAUAACAACAAUCGAUUGUUAUCGCAAUCGCUUUGUAAGAAAGCAGCGAUUUUUCCAGAUUUUCCAAGCACUUACAAGAAAAGCAAAAGUGUAAUUUACUUAGUUAAACCCCCGAAGAAUUAGAUGAUCUUUAAUACAGCGAAACUGCCGCUUUAACAAGAAGAAGCACAGCGAGUGGGGCAGCCAAAGCAACGAGAUUCACACGCACGCACACAGCCACACAAAUUACGUGCAGAGCGCUAUCUAUUCCCCCAUUUUCCACCGAAAAUAAAGCACGGCAGGCGGAAAAGCAGCCAAAUUGCGACGCAUUUCGCAGAGCAAAUAGAAACUAACAAGUGGAAAUUGAAAAGGAAACUGCAGAAGAGGAAGAACCACGCAAGCAGAGGAAGAAGAAGCAGCGGCGGGCCAGCUGAGAAGUGAAGCGAAGAAGCAGGGGCGCGCAGGAGUAGCAGCUGCAGGGGGCAGGAGGAAGCGGAAGGAACAGAGGCGUAGAGGCGCAAAGGCGGCGGGGAGCAGCCACCAUGAGCAUGGUGCGGCGGAUUAUCCUGCUGGGCCCCAAAUACAGUGUCUGGGCAAAGGGAAGCGGAGUUGGUCAAACACAGCGCUCGGCGAGAUGCGUUAUCCUGAGCGCAGACAGCGACGAGGUCAGCCACUGGGGCGUCCGACGCUUUCACCUGGCCACGCGGAACUGCGCGGCCAAUCGACAGAUGAGACUUGAGCCCGCACUGGCAAUACCGGCGUACAUUGACAUCACCAACGCCUCCUCGAGAACACCGGAGGACACCAGCGACAGCGGGAGUGCCAGCGGAAGUGGAGCCAGUGCAUCGGGGGGCAGUGGAGCCAAAACCCCCGGCGGAGGGGCAGGCUCUGGAGCGAGUACGACCAGUGGCGCCGAUCCGCCGGGCGGCGGCAGUGACAAGUUCCUCUCGUGCCCAAAGUGCGGCAGCGCCUGUACCCAAGUUGAGACAUUCGUGAGCUCCACGCGAUUUGUCAAGUGCGCCAAGUGCAACUACUUCUUCGUGGUGCUGUCCGAGGUGGAGACCAAGCAGCGCACCAAGGACGAGCCCAAGAACCAGCGCAAGCCGCCACCACCGCCCCAGAAGAUCAUGGAGUAUCUGGACAAGCAUGUGGUGGGCCAGGACUUUGCCAAGAAGGUGCUGGCGGUGGCAGUGUACAACCAUUAUAAGCGCAUCCACCACAACCUGCCGCAGCUGCAACAUCAGGGAGGAGGUGCCGGCAACGGAUCCGGCGGCCUGGACGGUAUUCCCCGGCCAGAUCUGCUACACAUUACAGGGAUCGGUCACACACUAAACAGCUCCCCGGGCAACGAACUGCCGCCAAAAUCGCCUGCUCAGAUGGGCAUGGGUGGCGGAAUGGGAGGUCCAGGACUUGGAGGCGGACUGACAGGCGCAGCAACCAGCAAUGCCCGUGGAGGUGGUGACCACAGAACCGGUUCGGAAAUUCUUGACCGGCAGUCCAACGACGUCAAGCUGGAGAAGAGCAACAUCAUCAUGUUGGGCCCAACGGGAUCCGGUAAAACACUGAUCGCCCAGACGAUCGCCAAGUGCCUGGACGUGCCCUUCGCCAUUUGUGACUGCACCACGCUGACCCAGGCGGGCUACGUGGGCGAGGACAUCGAGAGCGUCAUUUCCAAGCUGCUGCAGGAUGCUAACUACAAUGUGGAGCGCGCUCAAACAGGAAUCGUCUUCCUCGACGAGGUGGACAAGAUCGGUGCCGUCCCUGGAAUCCACCAGCUCCGCGACGUGGGCGGCGAGGGCGUCCAGCAGGGCAUGCUGAAGAUGCUCGAAGGCACGGUGGUCAACGUGCCAGAACGCAACUCCCCGCGCAAGCUGCGUGGCGAGACGGUUCAGGUGGACACCACAAAUAUCCUCUUCGUGGCCUCUGGUGCCUACACAGGACUGGAUAGGCUAAUAGCACGUCGUCUCAACGAAAAGUAUUUGGGAUUCGGCAUGCCUUCGACCAGCGGAUCCGGCCGUCGUGCAGCUCAAUCAGCCGCCAGUCCCAUGGACAACGAUCAGGAGGAACGUGAUAAAUGCCUGACCAAAGUGCAGGCACGUGAUCUCGUAGAGUUCGGAAUGAUACCGGAAUUCGUUGGCCGCUUCCCGGUUAUUGUGCCCUUCCACAGCUUGAACGUCAGCAUGUUGGUGCGCAUCCUCACCGAGCCACGAAACGCCCUAGUGCCGCAGUACAAGGCACUGCUGGGCCUUGAUGAGGUGGACCUUACCUUCACGGAGGACGCGGUCAAGUCGAUAGCCCAGCUGGCGAUGGAGAGGCAUACGGGAGCUCGUGGUCUGCGCUCGAUAAUGGAGCAACUGCUGCUGGAUCCCAUGUUCAUAGUGCCCGGCUCAGACAUUCGGGGGGUUCACAUAACCGCCGAUUAUGUCAAGGGCAGCUCCUCACCCGAAUACAGCCGUGAUGCGGACGCCCCGGCAUCCGGGACCGCUGCCACGGACUCCGAUACCACAACCGAUAAUGAUAAGAACUUUGAGAAUAGUGAGAAAGUACGACUAAAACAGUAAAUCAGACAGCUACCCACAUCCACAGCCAACCAAACAGAAAUUGAGAUACAACUUAAAGAAAACAGAGUCCUUUCAAUUUGCAACGCUUUCCGAAUUGUUGGCUCUUUUUAAACUCUUGUAUACUAUACUCUUCAGCUUGUUAAAUAUGUACAAUUGCUUGAUUUCGAAUCGUCAGCGCAUAGUUUUCUCUUAAAGUAACAUCUGCAAACACAAUUUAAGGUUGAACCAAAAGAUACUUUCAUUUUUCCUACUCUAACAUGUAUAUUUUGUAGUCUGGUUUGAAUGAUAAAUUGGUUGGUUCGUCUUAGAUCCCGAACCCCGUCACUGUGUAAAAUAUGACCCGCUGAGGAGUGAAUGAGUGCUCCAGCAAAUAUUUAUAAAGAAUAUCCUCAAUCCCAUAUGCAUCUGUGAUUCAUAAUCGACGAGCAGCGCAAUCUUUAGAGCCGAAAGCAAUUGUAAGUGGAAUAACAAAUGUUAAAAUGAAUAAAAGCCACUUUUUUAACGUAAGAUCGAUCUGCAAUGUUGGCAGGGAUGUGGUCAAGGUCUGGACCUAUUGGCGCUAGGAUCCUCUCUUGCAUAUACCAAUUAUAUAUACAAACGUAAAAAUAUAUUUAGGCAAAUUUUGCAUAGUCUAAACUGAGUUUCUAAAUGAGUUCUGGUAGCGUUGUAAUGAUGACGAACGAGAAGCACGUUCUACUUUAAACUAAGUUAAGUUGAGAAAUCCAAUUUUUAAAACAAACAAUAAAAAAAAUGAAAAAAAUU